CUCUUCCGGGUUAUUCAUCCUUUGUUCUCUGUUCGUCAGCAGCCCAGAAGCGGGAGUGUUGAUAAAGCUGUAAGAGAGCUGCAGCAGCAGCAGUUGAUGAACUCUGGAAAGAAGUCCAGCAGCUUGAGGAACAUCUGGUCAAAGAAACUGGAGGGAAGCAGGAGCUCAAACAGCGGCAGGACGCAGCAGAGGAAGAGACACCAGAUGAUGGAUGAUGUUUUCCAGCCCAGAUUAGUGCUGGGAGCAGAUGUUAAAGAAGAGGCUCCUGAAGAACAGAGUCCUGAUGUGGAUCAGCAGGAGCCAGAGCCCCUCCAGAUAAAGGAGGAACAGGAGGAACUCUGGACCAGUCAGGAAGGAGAGCAGCUCACUGUGAAGGAGGAGACUGAUACCAGGUUUCCAUUAACUGCAGCUCCUAUCAAGAAUGUUAAAGAAGAGGCUCCUGAAGAACAGAGUCCUGAUGUGGAUCAGCAGGAGCCAGAGCUCCUCCAGAUAAAGGAGGAACAGGAGGAACUCUGGACCAGUCAGGAAGGAGAGCAGCUCACUGUGAAGGAGGAGACUGAUACCAGGUUUCCAUUAACUGCAGCUCCUAUCAAGAAUGUUAAAGAAGAGGCUCCUGAAGAACAGAGUCCUGAUAUGGACCAGCAGGAGCUGGAGCUCCUCCACAUAAAGGAGGAAAAUGAAACAAUCUGGGCCAGCCAAGAUGGAGAACAACUGAAUGUGGAGAAGGAGACUGAUUAUACCAGGUUUCCAUUAACUGUUGUUAAUAUGAAGAGUGAAGAGGAUGAAGAAAAACCUCUGUUCUCUCAGCUUCAUCAACAUCAAACAGAAGACAGAGAUCUUCCAAGCAGCAUCUCAGCUGACCAAAUAAAAGCAGAAAUUAAAGUAGAGGACUGUGGGACACCAGAAUCCAACAGGAACCCAGAUCUAAAUACUGAUGGAGGCUCUUCCAACUAUUCAGAAACUGAAGAGAAUGAUGUGAACCACCAUCAAUCUGAGCUUAAAAAUUUGUCAGACUCUGAAACUGAAGACAGUGAGGAUGAUUGGAAGGAGAGCAGGACUCCAGGAUCAGGCAGAAACACUGUCAACAAAUCUUUGAGCUGCUCUGAAUGUGGAGGAAAAUUUGCUAAUAGACGCUCUCUUCAGAGUCACAUGACAUGUCAUCCAAGAUUAACGUCUUCAGAUUGUUCUGGUAGUGAGACGUGUUUCAGAGAGAAGAAAAUAAUGGAUUCACUGACUAAAGUCCAGACGAGUUGUAAAAAUUUUAACUGUGGUGAGUGUGGUAAACGUUUUAACAGGAAACAUGAUUUAAAAAGACACACGACAGUCCACACAGGAGACAAACCCUUUAAUUGUGAUGCUUCUCAGAAAAGCCUUUGCCAAAAAUCAACUUUGAACCAGCACAUAAAAACCCACACAGGAGACAAACCCUUUGGUUGUGAUGUUUGUGGAAAAAGGUUUGCCUACAAGUCAGUUUUAAGGAGCCACGUGAGAAUCCACACAGGAGACAAACCCUUUGGUUGUGAUUCAUGUGGAAAGAGAUUUAAACAAAAGUCACAUUUAAACAUACACAAAAGAAUCCACACAGAAGUCAAACCCUUUGGUUGUGAUGCAUGUGGAAAGAGAUUUAAACAAAAGUCACUUUUGAACAGACACAUGAAUAUCCACACAGAAGUCAAACCCUUUGGUUGUGAUGUUUGUGGAAAAAGAUUUGCCUACAAGUCAGUUUUAAGAACCCAUGUGAGAAUCCACACAGGAGAGAAUCCCUUUAGUUGUGAUGCAUGUGGAAAAAGAUUUGCCUGGAAGUCAGAUUUAAACAUUCACAUGAGAAUCCACACAGGAGACAAACCCUUUAGUUGUGAUGUUUGUGGAAAAAGAUUUGCCUGGAAGUCAGUUUUAAAAAAACACGUGAGAAUCCACACAGGCGACAAACCCUUUGGUUGUGAUGUUUGUGGAAAAACAUUUGCCAGGAAGUCAAAUUUAGUCGAACACAUGAGAAUCCACACAGGAGACAAACCCUUUGGUUGUGAUGUUUGUGGAAAAACAUUUGCCUGGAAGUCCAAUUUAGACGUACACAUGAGAAGCCACACAGGCGGGCGAAGCCCUUUGGUUGAGAUGCUUGUGUAAUAAGAUUAUACAAAAAGUCAAAUUUAAACCCACACAUCAUCAUAGAGAUCAGUUUCAUUCUAGAAAUCUAUGUUUGUUAUGGAUCCAAUUUAGAUUGUAUAUAUUAUUGUUUGAUAUAUUGUCUCCUCUGGCUGCUCAUCUCUCUCACAUUGUUGUGCCCCAGCUUGGGAUGAAACGUGGACUUAGACCUUUCUUCGCUUCUGCUCAUCAGAAUGGUCCACAUAAGAGGUGGUGUCUGGGCAAAGAAAAUUAGUUCAGGAUAAAACAACCUAAAUAUUGUUAAUUUUAUGGUGUUUAGAUUUUGACAGACUUUAUUUGAAUGAUAUGCUUUAAACACUGGUGAUUCAGUAAUGGGAUUUUGUUCCAUUUUAUCUUUGUUUUUCUUUAAUCUCCUUGAACUAACCUGCUAAACAUUUGUUCGAAUUUUGCUUAAAACCUGCUAAAGGCUGUCUCUGCUAGCAGCUAACAUGCUAAUACCUCUGCUAAUACUACACAGUAGACAGCUUUGUUUGCAACAGAGCUUGUUUCAUUCACUCCUUACUUGUUAGAUAACGUGCCGUCAGAGCUUGUAUACAACAAUAAAUACUAUUAAUACAAAUAUUAACCUAUGGGUUAAACUUAUACGACUGUUGGAUAAUGUAUUUUCUUUGUGUUAGGAUUCGGUUACCCAGAUGUGGUAUAAUAAUAUAUUAUUAUAAUGAUAUUUAUUGCCUGGUUCACACGGCAGGAUUUUCAAAUUGUCCCCAUAAAUGACGAUUAAAAAAAUGGAGGGAUAACGGGUUCGGUUUUCACAGCAAGCACAACACACAACACACGAACAGAUUUCACUUACAAAUAUUCAGGUUUCAUAUUGGAAAUUUCACAAACCCUCUUGAGAUCAAACGUGAGUUCAGAGUAAUUCCUUUCCGUGUUUCUCUCACCUCGCUUUCUGAUUGGCUACACGUCACAUUCAGCAGGCUGAGUGCUCGUAUGUCCUCAGGGAAUACCCCACAGAGUAGGAAGUCUGGGAAAGACGAUCCAACAUGUUGAAUGUCUCUGAUUUGAAUCGGAGCAGUCCUGACGUCCUUCCAAGCAGACUAGAUCACUCUUAACCCACCACACACAGCAAGAUUAUCUCAUAAGAUUAUCUUAAUAGCUAACACGAUGAGCGGGCAUGUCGGAAGAUCGGGGUGAAAAUAGGGAUAAAAUCCUGCCGCGUGAACCAGGAUUUGCAUUGUGACUGGUUGUUUGAACAUAUACCAAUUGUUGUCCUUAAUUACUUUUAAAACUAAUUUGACCUCAUUUCCAGAUUCCUCAAAAUAAAUCUUGGUUCUUAACCAUUAAUAUCAACACUGAACUGUGACAUCAUUGCAUCAAUUGUAUUGGUCCCCUUUUAUCUUUUAUGUGUAUAUAGUUUCAUUAGUUUCUGUAUUCCUUCAUGUUGCUUGGUAGUUUUAGUUUAAUGGUUCUAGUCUAGUAUUUUGUUAAUUGAAAUAUUUUAACUUGGAGUUUAAUUGUUUUUGUUGAUAAAUUCUUAAAUUUUGAGGAGACGUUUUUGCGAAUUUAUUCCAUAUGUGUGCAGAGUUUGUUGUUCAGUAAUGCCAGUACUCGAAUCACUCUUUCAUCUAUUUUUCUAACAUCACUGCCAUAUUCAGCUGGUUAUCACAGGACAAUACUUGAUAGACUGAAUGUUUCUUUUAUUAAAUAACUUAAACAUAUUAUUGCACAAAAUCUUUUUUGUUUGCCAUGCAGUCAUAUCAGUUUAAAAGAAACAUUCAAAUUUUCUGUUAACUUUAACUGUAAUAAUUUGUAUAUUGGUUUACAGCCAUCUGUGACAAAACAAGGAAUAAUGCUUCAUUCAGCGUAAUAUUUUAUCGGGUUCUAAUCCAACCAGGAGCUGUCUUUUCUCUUCUUUUGUCUCAGAAGCAACAAAACACUGAACUCCACUUUGACAAACCUUACAAAACUGUUAAAGUUGCACCUCUACAUGGAGUUUGUAUUAAGUUUAUAAAAGUCACAAAUGGCAGAUGCGGCAACCUUUGAUUUCAUGGUAGGAAGACUUCACUCCCACAUUCACCUGCUGAAGAAGACCUCUGCUGCAGUGGGAGGAGUUACCGCUCAGCAUCGAUGGUUCUGUUUUGGUGUCUGCAGAAACAAACAUGCUAAUGAAGUCAUAUCCCACUGGUUUUAUGUUCUUCACACUGGCUCCCAGCAGGUAUUAGGGUUAGUUUUAAAUAAUUUUUGCUCCCCUUCAGAGCUUUAAAUGGCCAGGCUCCAGAUUGUCUGUGUGAUAUUGUAACCAAACUGCUGCUCAGAAUCUGUUGGUUGGUCCUCAUCCCAGGCUAAAAGCUAAGAGGAACAACCAGCCAGUGGAUCCAAAGCUUGGUGAUAGUUUGAGACUGUGUUUUACUAACUCUAAUGAUAUUUUUGGAAACUAGUUAAAAACCAUUCUGGUUUAUCGGGGUUUUAUGUCAUGAUAUCAUUGUAAAUGUUUUUAUUUGUUGUAUAGUGAUCCUUAAUUUGAUUUUACCUGUGUGGUACAGCUCUCUGUGUCUCUCUAGAAACUGGUCCCAACGUGGACCGCCAACAUCUUACUUUUACUCUACCUGUAUCAUUGAUGACAAAGCUCUGUCAUGAAGUCGUACCUGCCAUUGACUUUAUGUUGAUUAGUAGCUGAAAAUAUGCGCUACAUUAUUUUUCGACUUUUUGGUCCUAUUUUUACUUAAAUCAUGGUUGUGUUAUGUUUUUCUUGGCAAAUUAAUCUUAAUUUAAAUGGAAUUGUUUUUAUCUUUCCUGACUCCUAUAUGAUUUAGUUUAGUUUUACUGCAGUAUCUUUGUGUUAAUGUCUUGGUUCUAAAAGGACCUAUAAGACCAAGGUCAAAUUUCCAAAGAGAUAUUCCCAGCAGAUCAUUGCGUCGUUCCCUCUGCUUUCAGCACCAGCCUGGAAUGUGAGCAGCUCUGAUACCUGCUGCGUUCAGAAGCUAGAGAGGAGAUAGCAGAACACCAGAUAACUUCUCCACAGACGGGGAGCGUUGGAGAUGACCAUUUAGGCUGAGGCUGUUGACAUCAUCAUGAACAAUACAUCAAAAACUGAUUCACCUCAUUUUCUUUUGUCUUGACUGUUUGGAUUAUUGUGCUUUAUCUUGUCUAGAGUUUGUAUCUAUGUAUGUUUCUUUUUUGACUUUUUCCUAUUUUUUCCAAAUGUUUCCAAAGAUAAAAUCGAAUGAAAAGAAAGAUUUUUCUUAACAUGACACCACAAGAAGCAACUUUUAGUCUUAGGAAUCUUUGUGAAUACCAUCCCAGAAACCUUUCAGUCUAUUGUGUGAUCCUGCUUUUGCCACUGUCCAUGGUCCUGCAGUUCAAGUGUUUUUGAAUAAAAAGUCCAGUAACUUCA